ACUACAGUUCUGAAAAUUUGACUGAGAACCUAAUUAUAAUAUGAAUGGUAGAUAAAAGGAAAUGAUGAAUUUGUGGUGGGUGAUACAGAUCAUGGCAGCUCGAAGGAACAAUGGCGAGUUGGGUGGUCAGAACAGUCAGUUCUUGAUAGGGUUGACAGCGCUUCUACAGGAGCAGAAUCAUGUUCAUGGAGAGCAAAUCCAGCAGUUGUUAAGAGCUAGAGAGGAUGGGCAUGCACUUAGUCGCUCAGCAGUCACUGCGAACCCGGUGUAUAGGCAGUUUAAGGAGCUUGGGCCAACGGAGUUUAAGAGCGCUACGGACCCACUUGUUGCUGAGGAGUGGAUACAGUCCCUGGAGACUAUCUAUGACUUCAUGCAACUCACAAAUGCUGAUAAAGUUCGGUGUGCCAUAUUCAUGUUGCGUGGUGAUGCACGUAUAUGGUGGGAAGGUACUCGCUCUUCAGUAGAUCUGGAUACCAUGACCUGGGAUGGCUUCAAGGAAAUAUUCUAUGGGAUGUACUUCACCACCGAUAGCAGGUCACGAUUAGCAAGGGAAUUUCCGGAGCUCCAACAAGAAGACAUGUCAGUGGCGGACUAUGUCAAGAAAUUUGAAAGGGGAUGAUACUUUGUGCCCAUGUUUGCAGGGCAACCGGCCGAAGAACUGAAGCACUUCAUAGAGGGGUUAAGAGCUGCGAUUAGGCAUGAUGUCAGGUUAAGCCGAGUUACCACUUACAGGGAGGCUGUCGAUCAGGCCCUGAUGUCCGAGAGAGAUCGGAACGAUAUGAUCAAAGAAGCACAAAAUAAGAGGGCGGGAUAUCCGGGAAGAGAUCAACAGGGACCAAGUGGUAAGAAACCUGUUACAGUUCAAACUCAGGGCAAGCAGCCACAGAAAUAGAACCAGACAUGGCAGCGACCCUGGGGACCCCGACCAGCAGAGGGUGCAAUUCCCAAGCCUGAAGAUAAAGCUCAGUGCCCCAAGUGUGAGAAAGUACAUGCAGGAUAGUGUCUGAUGGGUUCAGAUGUUUGUUUCAUGUGUAAGAAGAUGGGACAUUUUGCUAGAGAAUGCCCACUACUCAAGGAGCCAACCAAAGGACGAGUGUUUGCUAUGACACAGGAGCAGGUGGAUCUGGAUUCGGCUAUCAUCACAGGUGAGGGAGACAUAUCACAGGAUGGGAUGGAGGGAACGCAGAUGGGGUAGUCGAGGAGACCUGAUGGAUACACUGUACCAUCUAGAAGGCUCAG